AUGGCAGUGAACCGCGUUUCGAAUUCGCCAGUACGAAAAAUUAUAAACACCUCCGUGGAAGAGAACUGGUGUCACACGUGGGCAAAGGUAAUUAAGUCCAACUACACAUGGACGAUACAUAACUUCAGCUUUUGUUGCGAGAUCCAGGAUAAUAUCAAGUCAUCCUCGUUUUCAAUACGAGUAGAUGACAAAUGGCACCUGGAAAUGUACUUCGAUGGCGACGAUGAAGGAGACUGCAUAUCGCUGUUCCUCGUUCUCGAUUCGCACGACACAGCUGAAGUAAUCGCUAAAUUAGAAUUAUCUAUUCUUAAUGGCAAAAGAGAAAAAAUCAAAAACUCUAAAGACUCUAUUUACAAGUUCACCCAGGAUGAUUUUUCUUAUGGCUGGCUAAAUUUUCUUCAGAAAGAUGAAAUUCUGGAUACGGCUAACGGACUGCUGUCAAAUGAUGAACUCACGAUAUUCUGUGAGGUUAGCAUAAAGGCGGACAUUAUAAACAUAUCCUGCCAAAACAAUGUGAUACAAUUUAAUGCCUCGAAGCACUCAUUGAUCAAAGACUUCGAGCUGUUGUUCGAGAACCAAAAAUUUUGCGACGUAACGCUCACUGCCUGCGGGAAAGAGUUCCAGGCGCACAAAGCAAUUCUCGCAGCACGUAGUCCCGUCUUCUUGGCAAUGUUCGAACACGACACGGAGAAGAAUAAGAAAAGUUGUGUAGAUAUGACCGAUUUGAAUCCUGAAGUUCUGAAAAAAAUGUUGCAAUAUAUUUACACUGGUAAAGUGGAAAAUCUGGACAACUUGGAAGGCGAGCUAUUAGCCGUAGCGAACAAGUACGGGUUGGAAAGUCUGAAGAUACUGUGCGAGAAAGAACUUUUUAGAAAUUUGAAACCGCGACCGAUGUCCUCAUAG